GACGCGGAGCCGCUGCGCCCGGCGGCCGCGCGCCCGGGACACCGGCCGGCGCCAUGGACCGAGGCCGGGUACUAGAGCAGCUGCUCCCAGAGCUCACCGGGCUGCUCAGCCUCCUUGACCACGAGUACCUCAGUGACAGCACCUUGGAGAAGAAGAUGGCUGUGGCCUCCAUCCUGCAGAGCCUGCAGCCCCUCCCAGCGAAAGAAGUCUCCUGCCUGUAUGUGAACACCGCAGAUCUGCACUCGGGACCCAGCUUCGUGGAGUCUCUCUUUGAAGAAUUUGACUGUGCCCUGGGUGACCUCCGGGACUUGUCAGAGGAUGAUGGGAAACCCAGCCAGAGAACCAGCCCUGAGCCAACCAAGAGCCCAGCCCUGAGAAGUGCAGCUGAGCUCCCUCCACCUCUGCCCAACAAGCCUCCCCCUGAGGACUACUAUGAGGAGGCCCUUCCUCUGGGGCCCGGGAAGUCGCCCGAGUAUAUCAGCUCCCACAAUGGCUACAGCCCAGCCCACUCAAUUAUGGACAGCUACUAUGAAGAUGCUGACAGCAGCUACCCCACCACCAGGAUGAAUGGGGAGCUGAAGAGCUCCUACGACUCUGACGCCAUGAGCAGUUCCUACGAGUCCUAUGAUGAGGAAGAGGAGGAAGGGAAGGGGCCACAGCCCCGGCACCAGUGGCCCUCUGAGGAGGCCUCCAUGCACCUGGUGCGGGACUGUAGGAUAUGCGCCUUCCUGCUGCGGAAAAAGCGCUUUGGGCAGUGGGCCAAGCAGCUGAUGCUCAUCAAGGAUGACCAGCUCCUGUGUUACAAAAGUUCCAAAGACCGGCAGCCGAAUCUCAGGUUGGCGCUGGAGACUUGCACUGUCAUCUAUGUGCCCAAGGACAGCCGGCACAAGAGGCACGAGCUUCGCUUCUCCCAGGGUGCCACAGAGGUCCUGGUGCUGGCGCUGCAGAGCCGGGAGCAGGCAGAGGAGUGGCUGAAGGCUAUCCGAGAAGUCAGCAAGACCACUGGGGGAGCAGAGGGAGCGGAGAUCCCCAGGUCCCCAGUCCUCCUGUGCAAGCUGGAUCUGGACAAGAGGCUGUCCCAAGAGAAGCAGACCUCAGACUCAGACAGUCUGGGCAUGGGCGACGGUGGUUCCACCCUCGGUCGCCGGGAAGCUUGUGAACAAGGCAAAGGGAAGAAGAGCAGCCUGGCAGAGCUGAAGGGCUCCAUGAGCAGGGCUGCAGGCCGCAAGAUCAACCGCAUCAUCAGCUUCUCCAAGAAGAAGGCCCUGGCCGAGGACCUACAGACAUCCUCCACCACGUCCUCCACUGAGGAAGAGGUUCCAUGCUGUGGCUAUCUGAACGUGCUGGUGGCCCAGGGCUGGAAAGAACGCUGGUGCCGCCUUCGGUGCAGCACUCUGUAUUUCCACAAGGACCGCGCGGACCUGCAGACCCAUGUGAAUGCCAUCGCCCUGCGAGGCUGCGAGGUGGCCCCGGGCUUUGGGCCUAGGCACCCGUUUGCCUUCAGGAUCCUGCGCAAUCGGCAGGAGGUGGCCAUCCUGGAGGCAAACUGUUCAGAAGACAUGGGUCGCUGGCUUGGGCUGCUGCUGGUGGAGAUGGGCUCCAGAGUCACCCCAGAGGCACUGCACUAUGACUAUGUGGAUGUGGAGACCUUAACCAGCAUCGUCAGUGCUGGACGCAACUCCUUCCUGUACGCCAGAUCCUGCCAGGAUCAGUGGCCUGAGCCCCGUGUGUAUGACGACGUUCCCUAUGAACAGGUGCAGGACGAGGAGCCCCCAAGGCCCAGCGGAGCCCAGGUGAAGCGCCAUGCCUCCUCCUGCAGUGAGAAAUCCCACCGAGUGGACCCCCAGGUCAAAGUCAAACGUCACGCUUCCAGUGCCAAUCAAUAUAAGUACGGCAAGAACCGGGCUGAGGAGGAUGCUCGGCGGUACCUGAUAGAAAAAGAGAAACUAGAGAAUGAGAAAGAGGUGAUUCGGACAGAGCUGCUGGCCCUGCGGCAGGAGAAGAGGGAGCUGAGGGAAGCCAUUCGGAGCAGCUCAGGUGCAAAGCUGAAGGCCCUGGAGGAGGCAGUGGCCAGCCUGGAGGCUCAGUGUCGGGCAAAGGAGGAACAUCGGAUUGACCUGGAGCUGAAGCUCGUAGCUGUGAAGGAGCGCUUGCAGCAGUCCCUGGCAGGGGGCCCAGCUCUGGGGCUGGCCAUGAGCAGCAGGGGCAGGAGUAAGGAAACUGCAAAUAAACCCCAGAACAGUGUCCCUGAACAAUCUCUCCCUGUCAACUGUGUUUCUGAGCUGAGGAAGAGGAGCCCAUCCAUUGUGACCACCAACCAAGGACGGGUGCUGCAGAAAGCCAAGGAAUGGGAAAUGAAGAAGACUUAGAAAACACACAAGAAUUCCAUUCCAAAAGAAGAAUCAACUUGUCCAUCUAAGACAGAAAAGCUUUUUUCACAGACACCAGAAGACACCCAAAAGCCCAAUUUUUAUUGUUUGCAUGAUUUAGGUGCUGUGGAAAUUCAGGACAGGGGAAAUGGAGGGCAUCAUUAUGAUUUCAAAGAAUGGAAUUGCAGGUGGGGGGAGACACUCUGCAUAGUUGUAAAGGUUUCAUUCCAUUUCUUUGCCCUCCCCUCUGAAGAAGGAAUGAAAGCACAUGUGAAUAAGCCAUUCCAUCCCAUCUUGGCAGCCCAUUCUAGUCCUUAGACAACGGAAGGCAGUGCUGAAACCUUAGAGGCACAGUAAAGAGAGAAGAGCCUUGAUCAUUCAUAUGUGUGCCUUCUGCAUCUCUGCUUGGCAUGACAUAUGAGCUCUGGGCCAAGCCAAUAUGCUGAAACUUCAAAAACAUCAUCCCUGUCUGCACAAAAGUGAACAAAAGCCAGCUCUACAGUCAUUCCUCCUCUGCUUUAGAAUGCAGCUACUGGAAUCUUCCAGAUCUGAGUGUUUUUAAAUCAGAAGGUUGAAUACACAAAAGAACAAAAGAGAAGUUGGUCAACUGACACUUUCUAUGCUCACAACGAAAGGAGCAUGGAGGUCUAAGUCCAUAGGAUGUGGCAGACAUUGGAUUGGCACAUUGGGUCAUGUGCUAUCCUUGACCUAUUUUAUAGGGCACGAAGGUUUGUUGGACUAGGGUUAGAUGCCAUGUCUUCGGCGUGAAGACCACCUCAUCUUGCACUGAAGGCCCACCAGCCUUCUGCUCUGCUACGAAGUAAACCUACCCAGGACAAUCAAGAGGAAGGUGGCUCAUUUCUGCCACAUGGGUGCUAAGCUUUUUACAAAUACUUAAUUCUCCUGUGGAAGGAGCAAGGACUUCAAGUCUCAGGCAGCUUCCUUUCUACUGUCUCAACACCACAGGCACUUUCUAGAUCUGUCUAUAACACAUUUCUCUACAAUAAAGAUAAAAUCAUUUAACUAGUA